GAACACGCUUUGCCGAUAGAAAACAACACUCAGCUCUCAUCUUCUCUCACUUCUCUCUCGUUUUCUCUCUCAGCUUACAAACAAGAAAAAAGUGAAACACCUCACCACCUUUGAGAUCAAAAAGAUGAACAUCGCUCACACCAUCUUCGGCGUUUUCGGAAAUGCAACUGCUCUGUUUCUGUUCUUGGCUCCUUCGAUAACAUUCAAGAGAAUCAUCAAGAACAAAUCCACUGAACAAUUCUCUGGUAUCCCUUACCCAAUGACUCUCCUCAACUGUCUCCUCUCCGCUUGGUACGGACUUCCAUUUGUGUCAAAAGACAACACACUUGUGAGCACUAUCAAUGGCACAGGAGCAGUCAUCGAAACGAUCUACGUGUUUAUUUUCCUUAUCUACGCACCGAAGAAGGAAAAAGUUAAGAUCUUUGGUAUCUUUAGCUGCGUCUUGGCCGUAUUCGGAACCGUAGCUCUCGUCUCUCUUUUUGCUCUCCACGGGAACGCCAGAAAACUCUUCUGUGGUCUCGCUGCCACUGUUUUCUCCAUCAUCAUGUACGCUUCUCCACUCUCCAUCAUGAGAUUGGUGAUAAAAACGAAGAGUGUAGAGUUUAUGCCAUUCUUUUUGUCUCUCUUUGUGUUCCUCUGUGGUACUUCCUGGUUCGUCUAUGGUCUUAUCGGUCGUGACCCUUUUGUUGCAAUCCCAAAUGGGUUUGGAUGUGCGUUAGGGACACUGCAGUUGAUACUCUACUUCAUCUACUGUGGAAACAAGGGUGAGAAAUCUGGUGAUGCUGAGAAGGAUGAGAAGAUGGUGGAGAUGAAAGAUGAAGAGAAGAAGCAAAACGUGGUCAAUGGGAAGCAAGACCUGCAAGUUUGAAGCUUUUGAGGAUGAUUUGGUUCCAAGUGAUUUCGUUUUAACUCUUCUUGGUUAGAGUUUUGCUUUUCUUCUUUUUCGUUUUGUUGGAAUGUAAAAAAUGAUGCUGAAAACUGUAAGAUUUCCUGAUUCCCCUACUACUGAUAACGAUGUGAUUGAUUGAAGAACUUUGCCUUUGUGACUA